AUGGCUGGAAGAGCACAGAAGUGUUUGUCUUUGAUUGGAUUCAGUCUCAUCUGUCUUAAAAUGGUCAUUUCAUCAAAAACAGCUCCCGAAAUACCCACUAUUGAUCAAGCAUAUUCAAAGAUCAGCAAUAGUAUCACUGUAGAAUGGGCCACAGUGCCGGGAGCCAUCAGUUACUUGCUCACAGCUAAAGAUGGAGACACAGUCAUUGAGACCACUGUGACCAAUUCCCCAGGCACUGUGACAGGCUUGAAGGCUGCAACCUUAUACCAAAUCACCAUCAGAUCCAUCAGUGCUGCUGGGCAAAGCCAGGCAUCGCCUCCCAAACAGGCAAAGACAGUGUUGGCAGCACCAGUUCUGGAAGUCAGCUCUCCAAGUCCGGACUCUAUCCUUGUACAGUGGGAUGCUGUAUAUAUGGCAAUUGGAUUCUCUGUGUCCAUUAUGCAAGCCAAUGGCUUGGGUAGAAUUUGGAAAGAGAAUACUACAAACACUUCCUUGACCUUCAGCAGUUUAGAUGCUGGGACUCUCUACACUAUAAAGGCCUAUGCAUGGAAUGCCAAUGGAAUCCCUGGGGAUGACUCCACCUGCAAUCAGAGAACCAGUCCUCGUGCACCUGCCAACAUUCAAGUCUCUUUUGACAGUGGAGCUCUAAAGGCAUCUGUUUCAUGGACACCGACAGAGGGAGCUUUCAACUACACUGUGAUGGCUUUGAGUGACUCUUCCCAGAGGAGCUGCAGUACAACUCUCAGCUCCUGUAGUGUCUCUUCCCUGCAGUGUGGAACUGAGUACCUGAUUUCUGUUUCAGCAAGCAACGAUGCUGGCUCUAGCAAGUCCUCCUCUGCUGUGACCCUGAAGACUGUUGCUUGUGCACCUGGAAGAGUGACAAUUCAAGAAGACCCCCCUGGACACUUGUCUGUGGCGUGGUCCAAUGUAGAACUGCGUGAUUAUUAUGUGGCCUUUGUAAAGAGCGAUGAUGGCUUGGAAGUACACUGCAAUACCUCUCUCACUCAGUGCAAUUUCUUAUGUGAAUGCGGCUUCACAUAUUUCAUUAGUGUGUUUGCCUACAACAAGGCAGGGCAGAGUCCUUUGGGUGAUGUAUUCAAUUAUACCACAGCUCCCUGUUGUCCUAGUGACAUUAACCCAGUGUUGGUGUCCAGUGACAGAGUCGAGAUUGUCUGGUCUCCUGUCCGUGGUGCCGAACUCUAUGAAACCGAGGCUAAAGCUGGACAUAGUGUGGUGGAGUGCAACAACACUGCUCCUGCCUGCACCCUCUCGGCUCUGGAGUGUGACACUAAGUACAACAUCACAGUGUAUUCUUUUAGUGAGGUCCGGGGCAGCAAUCUCUCCUGCUCUUCCCACUUUAUCACUACAGCUCCUUGCAGUCCUGAAAUAAAAAAUAUUUCGAAGGAUGCAUUCUCCAUGAUUAAUGUGCACUGGCGAGCCACUAAUGACGAUGCCAUUUACACAGUGACGGCCCAGGGACAGAAGGGGCUGUUCCAGUGUAGCAGCACAGGAGAGGCCUGCACCAUUGGGGGCCUGCCCUGCGGGUCAUUGUUCUCUGUCACUGCUGUGGCUGAAACUCUGGCAGGAAAGAGCCUACCCAGCUACAGUAUGCCCCUGGAAACAGUUCCGUGCUGUCCAGCUGGUCUGACAGCAGCUCAGGUCACCCAGUCCACAAUCAAUGUGAGCUGGACUAUUGGAACAGUGACCCAAACCUAUGUGACAGUUCUGGAGUCACACAUCGGACAAUCUAAGUGUCACACACAACAAAACCACUGCCUCCUGGGAUGCAUUGCAUGUGGCAUCAACUACACAGUGGCAUUAAAAGCUAUUAGUCCCACUGGGCUGACCGCAGACUGUGCCCACCGAAGUUAUUCCUCUAGUGCCUGUUGCCCUUUGGGGGUCAAAUUAUAUAGGUUGGGCCCUAAUGGCAUCCGGAUCUACUGGCAAGCCUCCAGAGGCUCUGCCAAUUACAGCACUGACCUCUAUGGCUCCAAAGGCAGCUUCAUGUGUGCCCCAAGUGCUGGCCUCAGUUUCUGUGAUGUCACAGAUAUUCCCUGUGGGGACGUAUAUACUGUGAUGGUCUCACCAGUUGCUGAAACAGGACUGAAGCUUACUUUCUGUCCCAAAAAAUUAUAUUCAGUAACCUGUUCUGGAAGUACACUUGGAAUGGUUAUUUACCGAGGGAAGAGAAAUGCAGCGUGACACAGUGAACCCCAGGUAAAACAAACACUUGA